CGGAUGGAUUUACAUUCAAUAAGAGAACGUCUGUCAAUGUUGAAGGUUUCAGGCAGAAACCUACAAUGACUCUUCCUGAUUUGACAGAGGGACAUCAGACCACCCUGACCUGCUCUGCUCCUGCACUCUGCUCUACGUCUCCUCCUGGAAUCAGCUGGAUGUGGAGAGGAGCAGCAGAAAAAGACCCUCUCAUCAACGGAAGCAUCACUGCCUCCAAGAAUGAGACUUUGAAUGCUGUCACACAGAGACACAACUCAACUCUGACCUUCAUUCCCACAGCUGAACUCCACAACUCCAACAUCACCUGCAGGAUCCGCUUUAGUGAUAACACCACCACAGAGGAGACAGUCAAUCUGCACGUCAACUAUGUUAAAAUUACAGGAAAUGCAGAUUUGAACGAGAACAUGACUCUAAACCUCACCUGCAUGACAAGUUGGUCUCCAGCAGAAAUCCAGUGGAUUAAAUUUGGAUCCAAAACAAAUCAGCUGAUCAGAACUUCAGCUGCUCUGCACAACAACACUGCCAUCUACCUGCAGGAGGACAGAAGCACUUUGCUCAUCUUUAAUGUGACUGCAGAGGACGCUGGACUGUACAUCUGCACAUCAAAGCAUCUGAACAACACAAUCAAGGAUGAAGUCAACGUGACAGUGAUGUAUAGAAGAACACCUCAGAUUUCUGGGAAGGUGAUUGUUAAGGAAGGAGAAGUUCUGAAUCUGACCUGCAGUGUUGACAGUUUCCCUCCUGUUCCUGCUGUGUGGACUGAACCUCAGUCAAACCUGCUCAAUGGAUCUGACCACAAUGGAUCAGCCACCUUCAUCAUCACUAAUGUGACAGCAGAGGAUUCUGGGAGGUACUCCUGUGCUGCAAAUCACCAGAACUGGACUGAGACGGUUCACGUGGAUGUGACGGUGAUGCUGGAAGGAUCCGCAUGUGUGCGCCGCUCAGACGUCCUGACCUGCACCUGCAUCAGUCAAGGUUUUCCUUUAGCCAACAUGAAGUGGCCCCAGCUGAGCCUCCACUCUGAGUACUGGAUCACCACCAAUGUGUCAAAUCAGACUGUGAGGAGCUCUUUGACUUUAAGAGCAAGAAAACAGGACAACGUCUCUGCAGAAUGUGUCAUCAGCAAUGAGAGUGGAGAGUCAACAGAGAAACUCACAAUUCAAGACAUCCUCUCUGAAAAAGAAGGAGAUCAGUCUGGAAGUAUUUUAGAGAAAACAGCCAAACCAGAAACCAUCAUCGCUUUUCUGAUCGGGGUUUUAGUAUCAGCUUUAUGUUGCAUUUUGAUCAUAAGUUGCUGGAAAAAGUUGAAGAGGACUGAGAAUUUGCAGGAGAUUGUGGAGAUGGUUCGAAGUCAGGAGAAUCCUCUGAUCCAUGAUGGUCUCUCAGCAACAGAGGAUCAAAACUGCAUCCCAGAAGGAGCUGAGAAUGGAGCUGUGACAACAGGAGGUUCUAAACCCAGAAGUGGGUCUGGAGAUGUGGAGUAUGCCGACAUCGAUUUCUCUCGGCUGAAGAGGAAAGAGCGAACACAGGAGCUACAGACAGCAGCCACAGAAUAUGCUGAGGUUAAAGUGAAAAAGGAAGAGAAACAUGCAGCAGAAGAGGAGGAACCGGAGAUGGAGGAGGGCGAUAAAACUCUUCUUUGUGUGUCAGAAAAGGCGGAGGAAGAGGCGGUGUACUCCUCAGUAAAUGAUUUAUUAGGUCAAAAUUGAGGGCAGUUUGUGAGGUGUUGUAGAGGUUAAUGCUCUCUCACCUCACUGGUUCAAAUACCAGCUGAGAACUUUCAGAGUGGAGUUUUAAUUUUCUCUCUGUGCAUGUGUGUAUUUUCUCUGGGCACCCAAGCUUCUUCACACAGUUUAAAAACAUGCUUCAUCGAUUAAUGGGUUACUCUAAUUUGCCACUAGAUGUGAAUAAACAUUGUGUGUUGCUGCAACAGUACCUGGAUUGGCUCCAGAAAACCCCAUGACCCCAAAAACGGUUUAAGCAGGUUCUAAACAUGGAAGGAAUAUAAAGGCAAAAAGUCAUAUGCAGCCAGCCUGCUCUACCUAAGACUAUGAUUAAAAAAAAAAAAUAAUAAUAACAAAAAUGCAUUAAAAGCUUUUUAAAUCAACAAGUGAACAUAUCAGGGAAGAUAAUGUAGAAAACCAAGUAAGUUUACAGUAAGGUAGGUGGUAAUUAUGCUCCCGAAAUGGAGCAGAGAAAGUAAACAAAUAGGAAAGCAUUUAGCUAAUCAGAGCUCAAUUUUUUUCACCCCUAUAAAUGUUUAAUGUGUCAAAUCAGGUACAUGCAAAUAAUGUUUGAUUCCAUGUUUCUUUCCCUGUCAUUUUUCCUCCACUUGACCAAAAGCAAAUGUGAUUAUUCAUUGUCAGUUUUACAUGAAAUCAACCCUCAGCUAAUGUAAACUCCGCCGUGGUACGUCUGUAACUUCAGAAAAUUAUGCUCCACUUCUGCUGGUAUUAUGAUAAAGUUACAGGAAAGUAAUACCUGCAGGAGCCAUGUAACAUAUUAUAAUUCAAAAACAGUAAUAUGAUGAGAUAAGGGAUUACUUUAGAUUAAAAACCAUCAUAAUCUAUAGUGUAUAGUAUUGCAUAGCAUAAUGACAAAAGCUUUAAAAAGAGUUUACACCAAACAAUAACUGUAAAAAGAUGAUGAGACAGGAAGUAGAUCAAAAAGGUCGUUGUGAAGGAGGACAUGACGGCAGCUGUUGUGAAUGAGGAAGACACAAAGGUUGGAGGAUUUGACGAGGCGCCCCUUAAAAGGAGAAGCUGAAAGAAAAAAAGUGUAUCCGUUUUUCUAUAUUGUACAUAACUUUAUCUAAAUCUGCAUUUAAGAACAGAUGCAUCAUUUCUUGUUUGUUACACAUUCAGUGUUAGUUGUUGUAAAUAAAUAUCAAAGUCUUA